CCUCCCCGGUCCCGCCCCUCCCGCCGCAGCCGCCGCGGCUCCGGGCCUGGGCAGGCGGCGGCGGGGGCGCCGCGCCGGGCGGGCGGCGGGGCCAUGCUGGGCAAGGACUACAUGCUGGCCAUCGUCCUGGUCAACUGCGACGACAACCUCUGGAGCGACCAGAGCCUGGAGACAGACCCUGACCUCCCCCCGGGCUGGAGGAAAAUCUGUGACUCUCUGGGUACCUAUUACUGGCAUGUGCCAACAGGCACAACACAGUGGCAGCACCCUGCACGCAGCACUGGCCCAGGAGGGCACACGGAGGCUGAUGGAGAUGAGACACUCCAGCCUCCCCUUGGAAGGGAGUUUCCCCUCACUGCCCCAUCCCUCUGCAGGCACUCACUGUCCUGGCAUGGAGAUGACUUCCAGCACAGCGCAGAGCCCGGCUCCAAGUGCUUUGCUGUGCGCUCUCUGGGCUGGGUUGAGAUCCCUGAGGAGGACCUGGCACCUGGCAAGAGCAGCAUCGCCGUCAACAACUGCAUCCAGCAGCUCUCCAACAGCAAGGGCCAGGGCUCUGCAGAGAACCAGGGCGAGGGCCAGGACCUAGUGAUGAUUCUGAAGAAGGACACCAUGAGCCUGGUGGACCCCCUGGACCGCAGCCUCAUCCACCGCCAGCCCAUCCUCAACAUCCGCGUCUGGGGCGUGGGCUGCAACAACGGCAGGGACAGAGACUUCGCCUUCGUGGCCAGUGACAAGGACACCUGCGUCCUCAAGUGUCACGUCUUCCACUGCAACGUGCCUGCCAAGGGCAUCGCCAAGGCUCUGCAUGAGAUGUGCUCCAAGAUCGUGGCCGAGAGAGCUGUAGCGAGCAGCAGGCUGCCCCGCGCCGCCACGCUGGAGCCCAUCUCCGCCGAGGACCUGCCACUGCAAGUGGAUAUCCUGGAAGCGGUGAGGCAGUCGAUGCAGACCUACGAGGCGCUGUACAUCGGCAGCCUGCCCGUGCCCAGGGCCAUGGGGAUGGAUGUGUUGAACGAGGCCAUCGAGAAGCUGACGAGGCGCCCCGGGCGGGAGAACUGGACGCCUUCCCUCAUCUACGUGUCGGACACGGCCAUGAGGGUGCACCCGGCGCAGGUGGGGGGGGAACAGGGGGCUGUGGCCGGAGCGGGCGCGGCGCUGCCCCCGGCAGAGCGGCCCCGGGGGGCGGCAGGGCUGCCCGGGCGGCGGCCGGGGCUGGAUGGGCCCGCGGGGUCCCCGCAGGAGCCCGAGGAGGCGGCGCACAUCUGGGAGUGCCAGGUGCGGUACGUGACCUUCCUGGGGGUGGGCCGGGACGCGCACACCUUCGCGCUCAUCGUGGACACGGGGCGACGCUUCCAGUGCGCGGCCUUCUGGUGCGAGCCCGACGCCGGCACCAUCUCGGAGGCGGUGCAGGCCGCCUGCAUGGUGCAGUACCAGAAGUGCCUCGUGGCCGCCGCGCCGGGGGCGAAGGCGAAGAGCGCGGCUGGCCGGGGGCCGGGCCGGGGGCGGCCGCGGGGGACGCUGCCCGCGGGGCGGCCAAGGCGGGGGGGCGGCGGCGGCGGGGCGGGGGCCGGGGCCCGCAAGCGGGGACUCUUCUCCUUCCUGGAGGUGUUCCGCCUCCGGCGGGCCCUCCUGCACAGCCCGUAGCGGGCCGGGCCGGGGCCGGGGCCGGAGCCGCCGGGGAACAGCGCCCGACCCCCACCCCGGCCCGGCCCCGCCCCGCCCCG